UUGGCAGUUGGUUUAUUUUUAGCCAGACAAUCAACAUAUUUCUCAACCGGACUGUCACUGCACUUGAACUUGGAAUUUAGUAAGUUGAAGAACUGCACUGUAGAAAAGAAGCAACUACUGCAAAUGGGAAAUUAUAAAUCAAGACCAACUCAAACUUGUACUGAUGAAUGGAAGAAGAAAGUCAGUGAAUCUUAUGUUAUCAUAAUGGAAAGAUUAGAAGAAGACUUGCAAAUCAAGGAAAAUGAGCUUGCAGAACUAAGGCAUAUAUUUAGCUCUGAUGAAGCCUUCAGUGAAGUCAAUUUAAAUUACCGUACUGAAAAUGGGCUCUCUCUACUUCACUUAUGUUGCAUUUGUGGAGGCAACAAGUCACAUAUUCGAACUCUUAUGUUAAAAGGACUCCGCCCAUCUCGACUGACAAGAAAUGGAUUUACAGCCUUGCACUUGGCAGUUUAUAAGGAUAGUGCAGAAUUGAUCACUUCUCUGCUUCACAGUGGAGCUGAUAUACAGCAAGUGGGGUAUGGUGGCCUCACGGCCCUUCACAUUGCUACCUUAACUGGUCACCUGGAGGCUGCUGACGUCUUGCUGCAACAAGGAGCUAAUGUCAAUGUCCAAGAUGCAGUGUUCUUCACUCCAUUGCACAUUGCAGCAUACUAUGGGCGUGAGCAGAUUACCCGUCUACUUUUGAAAUUUGGCGCUGAUGUAAAUGUAAGCGGUGAAGUGGGAGACAGGCCUCUCCACCUAGCAUCUGCCAAAGGAUUCUUCAGUAUUGCAAAGCUCUUGAUGGAGGAGGGCAGCAAGGCAGAUGUGAAUGCUCAGGAUAAUGAAGACCAUGUCCCACUCCAUUUCUGCUCUCGCUUUGGACACCAAGAUAUAGUGAAGUACCUACUCCAAAGUGACUUAGCAGUUCAACCCCAUGUUGUUAAUAUUUAUGGAGACACCCCUUUGCAUCUGGCAUGCUACAAUGGCAAGUUUGAUGUUGCUAAAGAAAUCAUUCAUAUAUCAGGAACAGAAAGUCUGACUAAGGAAAAUAUCUUCAGUGAAACAGCUUUUCACAGUGCCUGUACCUAUGGCAAGAACAUUGACCUGGUUAAAUUCCUUCUUGAUCAGAAUGUCAUAAAUAUCAAUCACCAAGGAAGGGAUGGACACACAGGAUUGCAUUCUGCUUGCUACCAUGGCCACAUUCACCUGGUUCAGUUCUUACUGGAUAAUGGUGCUGAUAUGAAUCUAGUAGCCUGUGAUCCCAGCAGGUCUAGUGGUGAAAAAGAUGAGCAGACAUGCUUGAUGUGGGCAUAUGAAAGAGGACAUGAUGCCAUUGUCACACUCCUAAAACAUUAUGAGCGACCCCAGGAGGAAUUGCCCUGCAAUGAAUAUUCUCAGCCUGGAGGAGAUGGCUCCUAUGUGUCUGUUCCAUCCCCCUUGGGGAAGAUCAAAAGCAUGACAAAAGAAAAGGCGGAUGUUCUUCUCCUAAGAGCUGAAUUGCCUUCACACUUCCACCUUCAACUCUCAGAAAUUGAGUUCCAUGAAAUGAUUGGCUCAGGUUCUUUUGGGAAAGUGUACAAGGGACGAUGCAGAAAUAAAAUAGUAGCCAUAAAACGUUACCGAGCCAACACCUACUGCUCCAAAUCAGAUGUAGAUAUGUUUUGCCGGGAGGUGUCCAUUCUGUGCCAGCUCAAUCAUCCCUGUGUUAUUCAGCUUGUGGGAGCCUGCUUGAACGAUCCCAGCCAGUUUGCCAUUGUCACUCAAUAUGUAUCAGGAGGUUCUCUGUUCAGUCUCCUUCAUGAGCAGAAGAGGAUUCUUGAUUUGCAGUCUAAAUUAAUUAUUGCAGUGGAUGUUGCCAAGGGUAUGGAGUACCUUCACAACCUGACACAGCCAAUUAUACAUCGUGACUUGAACAGUCACAAUAUUCUUCUUUAUGAGGAUGGUCAUGCUGUGGUGGCAGAUUUUGGAGAAUCAAGAUUUCUACAGUCUCUGGAUGAAGAUAACAUGACAAAACAACCAGGGAAUCUCCGCUGGAUGGCCCCGGAAGUGUUCACGCAGUGCACACGGUACACCAUCAAAGCUGACGUCUUCAGCUACGCUCUGUGUCUGUGGGAACUUCUCACUGGUGAAAUCCCAUUUGCCCAUCUUAAGCCAGCGGCUGCAGCAGCAGACAUGGCCUACCACCACAUCAGACCUCCCAUUGGUUAUUCCAUUCCCAAGCCUCUGUCUUCUCUGCUGAUGCGAGGGUGGAACGCAUGUCCUGAAGGAAGACCUGAGUUCUCUGAAGUUGUCACAAAGUUAGAAGAAUGUCUCUGCAAUAUUGAGCUGAUGUCUCCUGCAUCAAGUAAUAGCAGCGGCUCUCUCUCACCUUCUUCAUCCUCUGACUGCCUGAUGAGCCGGGGAGGACCUGGCCGAAGCCAUGUGGCAGCUCUACGGAGUCGUUUUGAGUUGGAAUACGCUUUAAAUGCAAGGUCCUAUGCUGCCUGGAACCAAAGUGUUGGACAAUGUUCCCCUCAAGGCCUAUCCUUGGAAGAGAUGAAGAAAAAUCUCCAAUACUCACCCAUUGACAAAUAUGGCUACGUGUCUGAUCCCAUGAGCCCGAUGCAUUUUCAUUCUUGCCGGAAUAGUGGCAGCUUUGAGGACAGCAGCUGACAGCAUUCAGCAUAUACCUAAGGAGAGUAUUCCCCCAAACUGACAGCAACAAUUCCAGCCAUGGCAGGCUGGCUUCCAAUUAGAAUAUUCUACCCUCUAAGGUCUUCUUAAA